CUAAGGGGAGGGCGAGGCGGUCGGUGGCUUCCGAAUCCAUCACCUCUUAAACCCUGGAAGGGUUUUCUCCUAAGCAAUCCGGGGAUUUUAUACGAAGCAAUAGAGGAUGCUAUUGAGAGUGAUCGGGGCCGCGAGGCGCGGCAAUCACGGGCCAUGGAGGAUGACCCGGACGGUGACGCGACCCUUGUCGUCCCGCGCAGUCAUCGACAUGGCCACCCGGGACGGCGAGCUCAGGGUCUUCCUCGUCGCUGGCGAGGUCUCCGGCGACUCCAUCGCUUCCCGCCUCAUGGCCUCCCUCAAGAAGCUCUCCCCCUACCCCGUCCGCUUCGCUGGCGUUGGCGGGGACUUGAUGCGUAGGGAAGGUUUGCAACGUAUCUUUCCCAUGGAAGACCUCGCAGUCAUGGGCUUGUGGGAAUUGCUGCCCCAUAUAAUUAAUUUUAGGGCUAGACUAAAGGAAACUGUCGAAGCUGCUGUUUCUUUUCGGCCUCAAGUUGUGGUGACGGUUGACUCCAAAGGGUUCUCUUUCCGUCUUCUGAAGCAGCUGAAUGAUGUAUUUAGGGGAGAAAAGGAUAGGCCUGUGCAUGUCCAUUAUGUUGCGCCAUCAUUCUGGGCAUGGAAAGGGGGUGAACGUAGAUUGGAGAGGCUAAGGCAAUUUGUGGACCAUAUCCUGUGUAUUCUUCCCUUUGAAGCCGAAGUUUGCAGAUGGAAUGGCUUAGCUGCUACAUAUGUUGGUCAUCCCGUGUUGGAAGAUGCUCUUCACCUGGACUUGGACUUGGACCCCUCAUCAAAUAAGCAAAAGAUGCGAAGAAAUGGUGAUGCUUUUCGGCAUGAACAUGGACUCUCCCCUGGAGCGACAGUCAUUACCUUACUACCUGGAAGCAGAUUACAAGAGGUCACUAGAAUGCUUCCUAUUUAUUUACAGGCAGUACAACUACUAAAAGACUCAUUCGCUGAUUUGUCAAUCAUCAUUCCUGUUGCUCCUAAUCGUGAUGUGGAGGCCUACAUUAAUAGAGAGGUCCAGUCAUGGUCAUUAUCAGCCGUAUUGAUAUCUGGGGCAUCCCUUGACAAAAAAUAUAAUGCAUUCAGUGCAAGUUCAGCCGCAUUGUGUACUUCUGGAACAGGUGUUAUGGAAUUGCAGCUAGCAGGGUUAUCCUGCGUCGUUGCAUAUCAAGCGCAUUUCUUGACGGAAUGGUUGAUCCAAUACAAGACAAAGUUAAACUUUAUCUCCCUUCCCAACAUUAUUUUGAACUCGGCCGUUAUACCUGAAGUCCUUUUCCGGGCAUGUACAUCCGAAAAGCUAGCUACAAUUCUUAGACAGACAUUUGUGACACCCAAUGAGUGGGAGAAACCAAUGCCCACACUACAUGGUCAGGGGCUUCAGCCAGUGGGCGGUCUAUUGCAUGGGUCCUUCAGGUAAGGGAAAUGGAGUAGGUAGGCUCGAAAAAGGAUUUGAGGUCCUGUAGAUGAAAUACGGAAAAAGGAAUCAGCUAGCCACAGAUACGGCCAUCAGUUCAAGGGCGUUCAUGCUGUAGUUCUUGACGCAGAAAUGCAACAUUGGUGAAUUUAAGAUCCAUAUUAUCUUUCAAGGAUCUUCAAAGACAGUUGCCUGGUCAUUUAACAUUCUCCGUGUGAGAUUUUUUCAAGAACUUGUGCAGCGUUUUCCUUGAUUACAAGCUAAAGGAAAUUGUUUGGGAGUGGGAGGUCACGCCAGCACUUACGAGCACAAUUUUGUUUGGUGUGGUUUCCAAUGGUGCAGAAAAUUUAGAGAAAUCGCUGAAAGAUUGAAGAGACUCGAAAUAAUUUAAAUUUGAAGAGAACAUGAUUGAAAAAUUAUGGAUUUAUUUAUGUAUUCAUAUACUUAUUCAAUAAAAAAGCAAGUUCAAGAUUCUUUUGAAAAGGUUAACAGUAACAAAAUCACGAGACCAACAGCAAUAAACAAUUUCUUCUUAUAGCUAGUACACGAUAAGGUACAGGAAAUAUUUAUAUAUCGUGUGAGAUUCGGCGGUACGCCAGCUGCUAAAAAUAUUCUCGGUUGAUGCAUAUCCUGUCGCGCCAGGCGUGACGUUGAGAUACGAUCAUCACACCGUCCAUCUUGAAAUUAUAUCGUCCAACUUACCAACAACAAAAAGUACACCGUACUUCCGACAGAAAAUCUGACUUCCCCCGAUCUCAAAGCACUCCGAAUCUUCCGUUCAUCUGCCUACGCAGAUCUCGAAAUAACCAUUGUGCGAUCCAACGGUGAGUUCGCGCGAAGGAAGGUGAAUCCUUCAUUCGCGCGAAAGAUACAAGUCUGUCCCCCUUCCGUCCGGCCCGACUUUGCCGUCAUACGUGACGUAAUCAAAUGAGCGUUGAUGUUGCUUCGCGCACACAAUUCUAUACGAGCGUCAGAUCUGCCGUCCGCUCUCAACUCGGAGUCCAUCCUGUCCGCUGGCACGCGGCGAGCGCGACACCAGGUGCAUGGGACCUAUAUAUUUGGUGUGACCCAAAAGAAAUCCCGCAUGAAAAAAAAAGAAAAAGAAAGGCGCAUACGGUGUGAAACUCAAUAGCGUGUAAAUCACUACAUCGAAAUGGUCUUACGGGCUUGUGCUUACUCAAACGAAAGCCUCUUCCGGUGGUCGCAGAGGUAACCAAUAUAUAUACUCCUUGCAUAUCUUAUGUACCUGCUACCUUU